AUGUUUGAAAGUAUCACCCCGCUGAGAAUGUGGAUCGCCGUAUCUGUUGGACUUGGAGCCGUUGCUAUAGCUCUGAUGGCUGUUGUGAUCCGUUUGAAAAUCUCAGAGUCGAAUUGUGAGGCAGGGAAUGCAUUUUGGAGAUCUCAACCCUUCUUCAGGACCAAAGAGGAGCAGGCGGAAGUCGAGAAGCAGUUCCCAGCUUUGAAUGUUAACAACGCCUGCUGCGUGUCAUCAACUAAACAAGAAAUGAUACAUUCAGCCUUGACGAUAAACAACAUAAAUGUAACUGUUCUUCAAAAUAUUAACUCCUCACAGUUCCAGUAUUUUCCGAUUGAGACUUGCCG